ACCUCCAAACUCAGAGGCUACCCGCGGUACCAAAACCACCCCCUCUUAGUCGAACUCGUCAGAUCCGCGGCAAGAAGCUCGCUCAGCGACUCGCAAAAUCCGCUAAACUCGUGACUCGUGACACCUAGACUCUGAACGCUGCUGAUCAGCUGGUAUCCUAGAACCGGCUCUCUCAGAAGACCUAGGACCUGCCGGCUGAUACCGGGUCCGCGUGGCUGUUGCUCGAUCUCCGAUAACCUGCUCCUCAGGAUGACUACGGCUGUGGUGUACGUCCAACGGUGCAUGGUGGUUCUCGCCAUCUUUCUGUGCUACUUCCAUAUCCGAGGCGAGAAGCUCCCAGACGAGGUUGAUUGCGAAAAGCAUCCGUUCCAUAUAGCGUGCAGAGGCUCGAUGUCGAGAAAACGUACAAUGUUCCCAAACAUAUACAGACUGGGCUGCGAUGGUAGCGAAGGGAACGUGAACUGCAUCAGAGAACUUGAAGAAAGGCAUCGCAUCCCCUACAGUUCGUCGUCGUUGUCGAAACUGUUAAUGUCUCUGCUCGAUAACGAUCUACAAAGGGACUCGACGUACUCCGCCCGGCACAAACCAAGGAACAAUGAGAUAGACGAACGGAGGCUACCUUUAAUGCAGAAUUUUUUGUCGGAAUUGGACUCUUCGGAUGCCAACUAUUAAAUGGACUGAUCUGGAAAUAAAUAUUUGCUCGACUCGUGCAAACAUUUUUCAUUAAUCGAACUUUCAGAAAUGUGUGUGUUUUGCCCUCUUUCUAUACUGUUUACAUCGAAUAAAACUCCUCUCUCUCUCUCUCUCUCUCUCUCUCUCUCUCUCUCUCUCUUCGUCCUUUCCUGGCCCCUCCAUGCUCUUAUGACUGUCUCAUGUAACUUUCCUCUGUCCUCGUUUUUCUCUUACAACUGAGAUCUAAUUGAAACAUUGUACCCACGCUAUUAACAAUACAUUGUGUGCUGAAGCAUCAGAAAACACGUUUGAAAUUCGCAGAAAUUCCUUGGAUUAUCCUAUUGAAAAGAAAGUACGAAAUUAACAUCGUGAAUAAUGUCGAACCUCCGCAAUGUGUAAAUUACUAAUAAUGUAACCGUCGCUUGAAGCAACACCGUCAAAUGAAACUCUUGUACAUAUAAACGAUUACUCCACGAUUAGAUAUAACCUUGUUACGUUCAAAAGCGAAGGUACAGCAUUAAUCGAAAUAUUUAUUUCCAGAUAUAAUUUCGUGCGUUCUUGAUACGUUUAACAUAAUGAUAAUUGCGCAUAAUAUUCCAUGCGAUCACAUGAGAUAUAUCUGACAUGUAAAUCUGAAUAUAUUGAAAUUUUACAAGUUCUACAAUAAAUUCUUAGACUUAUGUAGUGAAAAAAA